AUCACAUUAGAUAAUUCCGUAAGUUUUAUUUAAGGAAAUAAUAUAUAAUAAAUAGCCACAUUGUUUUAGUUAAUAUCAUAUGAUAUCAUAUAGUUGGUAUUAAAUGUUUCUAGUGAGAUAUAAAAAUCCAAUUGGACCAACAUGUUUUUCAAUUUCAAUGUGAGGCUGACACGUAUGAUUAAUUAACUUUACAAUUGAUUGACACAUAAGUAAGAGAUCUUUUUUAAUUAUUACAAAAUUGAGGUUACAUCUUUUCAAAUGUUCCUCAAUUAAUACAUAGAUGAUUUAGUAAAAAUUAACACAAUAGUAUUAUUAUUUUUAAUCAGAAAAACAAAUGUCUUUUGUGAUUUGACAUUAUAUGGUUUAUAUCUAUUAAUUCUUGAGGAUUUAGAGAUCAAAAACAAAUGUUUUAUUUUAAAUCCUAGUCACGCAAGAAUGGUAAAUUCAUUAUCUUUAAUAUUUUUUCCGUUUCUAAAUAUAAAUUGUUUUACGUAAAACAUGUUUAUUAAAAGUUAUUUUAUCUAAAAAAUAUUAUUGAAAAUAUAAAUUUUAAAAUAUUCAACUAAUUAUAAAAUAAAACUUUUAAUUUUGAUUGGUUAUUUCAGUUUUUGAUAAAAUUAAAGUUAACUAGAAAAAUAAGAACACUUUUAUAUAUUGAAACAUUUUUUUUUUUAAACAUGUUAUAUUUUUGGAACGGAUGGAAUAUUUGUUUGGAAGGGAGGGUAAAUAUUAGGAUUUUACCCGUUUUACCCUCUGGUAAUAUAAUACUAGGGGGUAUUGGAUCUUGAAGUUUGAUGGAAUUUGAAGGAAAUAUAGUUUCUAUUAAAUUCUACUGUUAUUCAAUUAUGAAUUUCAUCAAUUCUUUCACAUUCUUGUGUUAUUGAAUUAAAGAUUUCUAUUCUGGUUUAUAAUUACUUUAAAUUCUACUGUUAUUCAAUAUUUGAUAGAUUUUGUAGUAAUGUCACUUGAAAAGAAUUUAAUGGAAAAUGUAUUGUCAAUAUGUAAAGAAGCAAUUCUUUACUUUUAUGAUGAGAUUUGUCAUCCUAGUAAAAUUCUAACGGUGGUAGUAUAACAAAUAUACCGAUAUUUUGAUUUGUACUCCCACCUAAAAACAAAACAAGUGAAUAACAGAAAUAUCUUUUGUAGAUGUUUUCAGAAAAUCCCUACAAAUUAGUACUUAUAAAAAGUUCAAAUUGUUGUUGACAAUAAUCAAAUAAUAUACACAAAAUCUCAACAAAUGAGUGCGUAUCCUUUUAGAAAAAAAUCUCUUUAUAGAUUGCUUCACCUAUAUAUAGCACUGAUCAUAUCACUUCUCAAAGCAAGAAAAUCCCACCUAGAAAAGGUUUCCGCAGAAAUGAGUAGUUUUUGUCUUUUUGUCUUUUUGUUAUCAUUAGGUGUUAGUUUUUGUUAUAAUUAGUGUUCACCGUUUGCUCAUAUUAUUUCUUUUUAUAAGAUAAUCAUUCGCAUAUAUGCAUGUUAAAGAUGACUAAUAAAUAUUUUCAUUGUUGUAUUAGGAUGGAAUCAGGAGAAGCAUCGCAGCCACAAAAAGUUAAGAGCGGAUAUUUUCCAUGGACAUCUCAAGAGAGUCACUUGUUGAAACGUCUUCUUGUUGAUGGUAUCAGACGAGGAUGGCGUGAUUCAAAUGGCUCCUUGACCAAAAGAACAAUAGAGACAAAGGUAUUACCGAUUCUAAACAAACAGCUCAGGUGCAACAAGACUUACAAGCAUUACUUGAAUCGAAUGAAAUCCUUGAAAAAAGAAUAUCAUAGUUACACAGACCUGCUUCGAUUUAGCUCUGGUUUUGGGUGGGAUCCCGUAACUAAACAAUUCACAGCUCCCGACGAAGUAUGGGAAGAAUAUCUUAAGGCACAUCCAAAUAAUGAUAAUAUGAAGACUAAAACCUUUGAAGCUUUUGAAGACUUACAAGUCAUUUUUGAAAGUGCUACAGCAAGGGGAAACAACGCAUUUGGACUUGGUGGUGAUGCAACUGCUGAAGCUUUUGAAGUUGAAAAUGAUGUUCAAGAAAGAGAAGAUGUGAACCAUAUGGAAAAUGGUACUGAGUCUAAUGAGACAACAUGUAGACCUUCUAAAGAAAAGUUGCCUUCUAGGAAGAGAGCUAAAUUCAUGCUUACUGUUGGGCAAAAUUCACGACAUUGCCACGUAAAAGAUACAUUUAAAAGGUCCAAGUUUGCAAUAAGCACUAGCUUUAAUCGUGUUUUAAAAGCUUUACUUCUCAUAGCUCCAAGCCAAAUGGUGAAACCAAAUGGUUUAGUUCCUACGAAAAUUAGAGAAAGUACACGAUUCUAUCCAUAUUUUAAGGUAUAUUAUUUCAUCUUUGGUAAAGUUUUUAGUUUUUGUUAUUCCUAAAAUUUAAUUAACAUUUCUUUUGAAUUUAUUUCAGAAUUGUAUUGGGGCGCUAGAUGGUACACAUAUACCUGCAAAAGUAGUUGGACGUGAAGUGGCAAGUUAUCGGAAAGGAACAAUAUCACAAAAUGUGUUGGUUGUAUGUAACUUUGAUCUGGAGUUCAUAUAUGUUCUUAGUGGAUGGGAAGGUUCGGCGCAUGAUUCAAGAGUGUUAAAUGAUGCUUUAACUAGAAGAACAAACAAUUUUCAAGUACCUGAAGGUAAACUCUUUAUAAUUUAUUUAUAAAUCACAUGUUAAACAAUUAGUAAUGUUUAUUAUUUAAAAUUUUAGGUAAAUUCUAUCUAGUUGAUUGUGGAUUUGCAAACAGAGUCAAUUUUUUGGCUCCUUUUCGAGGUGUUCGAUACCAUCUACAAGAAUUUACUGGACAAGGAUGUGAUCCUAACACUGCAUCUGAGUUAUUCAAUCUUCGUCAUGCUAGUUUGAGAAAUGUGAUCGAGAGGAUAUUUGGAAUGUUUAAAUCAAGAUUUGCGAUUUUUAAAUCAGCACCUCGUUUUUCCUAUCAAAAAUAAGCUGGAUUGGUAUUGGCAUGUGCAGCGUUGCAUAACUUUCUGCGGAAAGAAUGUCGAUCAGAUGUAGGUGAAUUUCCUGCUGAAGAAAAUGUCCAACAGAAUGCAACAAAUGGCAAUCAAGUUAUUCGAAACGAACCUUUGGGAACACAAGAACAAGAUAGAGAAAAUGCAAAUGCUUGGAGAACAACUAUGGCAGAAGAUAUGUGGAGAGAUGUCAUAGAUUUAGAUGAUCCAUAGAUCUUAUUGUUAGUAUUAUGCAUUUUAAUAAAAUUGCUACAGUCACUGAACUUUUGUAGUAGUAGUAACGCUUAUUUUUUUUUACUUUCAGUUUUAUCACUAAUAAAAUAAUAUUUGUUA